UGGAUGCAAUCCCGGGGCACAAUGUGCACAACAUGUUCAUCUGACAGAGCUGCUCUGCGCUCCACUCCUGCACUCAGACAGCCUGCUGCUUCACUGUAAGUACUGGAGGUCACAGCCAUUUCAACUUUUACAUGUGAUGAGAGAAGAGAUGUCUCUGCUGGUGGAAUAACUCACCACGACUAAUGAAUGAAAACACAUCAAACACAACGGGGACAGAGAGAAGGAGAACGUGUUAUUGCUUUUGGAGGUUCCUAUCCUGGUGUAACUGUCAGAGCAUAAUGGUGGCAUUUAAAGGGAUCUGGACCAAGGACUUCUGGAGGGCUGUCUCUGGAGAAUACCUGGCCACUCUCAUCUUUGUCCUUCUCGGUCUGGGCUCCACCAUCAACUGGGCUGCAGGGGAGGAGAAACCUCCCCCGGCUGACCUAGUCCUUAUCUCCCUGUGCUUUGGCCUGAGCAUCGCUACCAUGGUGCAAUGCUUUGGACACAUCAGUGGUGGACAUAUUAACCCAGCGGUCACUGCAGCUAUGGUUGUAACGAGAAAACUAAGCCUGGCCAAGGGUUUGUUCUAUGUGGUGGCUCAGUGCCUGGGGGCUAUAACAGGAGCUGGGAUUCUCUACUUGGUCACACCUGCGUCUUUGAGAGGAACCCUCAGCGUGACCACGGUAAACACAAACAUCUCAUUAGGACACGGCCUUCUCGUAGAAAUCCUCAUAACUUUUGAACUCGUCUUCACCGUCUUCGCCACCUGUGAUUCCAAACGUACAGACUUAGGAGGCUCAGCCGGCCUUGCCAUCGGCUUCGCUGUAGCCAUUGGCCACUUAUUUGCAAUUCCUUAUACAGGGGCCAGCAUGAAUCCUGCUCGUUCUUUUGGGCCUGCGGUCGUCACACUUAACUUUGAAAACCACUGGGUGUACUGGCUGGGACCCGUUCUGGGUGCAAUCCUUGCCGCUGCUCUGUACGAGUACCUGUACUGCCCUGACCCCGAGAUAAAGCAGAGACUCAAACAGGUUUUCCAGAAGGACCAAUCAGGGAAGUACAUGGAGGUGGAGAAAGAGGACAUUCCUAUCAAGUCAGGCUCCAUCGAUUUGGAGAAAGCCGAGAAAAAGGAUCCUUACCAGGACUCGUCUGGGGAAGUGCUGUCCUCGGUAUGACUAUCACGUGCACUGGAAAUGGAGACCAAUUUGUAGUGCAGACUGACACUUCAACUUUGAAAUAUCCAUCUCGAACCUUGACCCCUUCCAAAGACUCAUCCUCAAAGCAUAAUCUGAAUUCUAUAAAUAAAUGAAACUUCACAGCACAGCAUUAAAAAAAAAAGAAGAAAAACA